AUGAGGCACCGUGCCAAAGAGGAUCCUGUUUAAUACGAAGAAGAAAAAUUCGAUAAAGUUGCUAUGAGCCGACAAGUUCUGAAAUUAUACAAGGACAUUCUCAGAUAUGGCGAGACUUUAAGGUUCACGAACAAAAAGUAUUUUCGAUACAGAAUUCGGACUUCUUUCAAAACUAAUAAAGAUCUGCCCGACGAAACGACGAUAAACUACCAAUUGCAGAAAGGUAUAAAAUUCUUGGAAGCUAAGAAAGUGGUAUAAAUUAUCAUUGGGUUUACUGCAAUGAAAAAC